AAGCGGCAAACCGAAGGCAUCACUGACGCAUUUGAAUGCCAGCAUGAGGCCGCACUUGUCCCGGCCCUGUCUGGUGCGCAGCUCUUCGCCCAAGCAGGAGACGGACAAGCGGAAUGGCCUCGAUGGGGACCCAGUCGAGGACUCCAUGGGUGCAGCGGUAACCAAGCGCGUACGCUGGAAUUUCCCAUACGAUUCGCUGCAGGACAACGGAGGCCGUGGCAAGAGUAAGUUGAGCCAAAAUUGCUGCUUCCUUACACCAACGAGCACCAUACAAAUGCAAUUUGAUCCGGAUACCCCAAAGGAGGUGCAACUGGUCCACGAACUACGGCUGGCGGAGCAUCGCGGUGGCGGCUCCACUGAAUCCGCGCAGAACUACACGCUGAGGGCUAAGUUGUCGCCGCUGCAGCUGCCCACAGCCGCAUCCAGCGGAUACUGAAGGAGUGCGAGCUGUACGAACGGAACCAGACCACCUUCGUCGUGCCCAUGGACUACA